AUGCUUUCAUCAUUCCGAAAACAGGACAAAAAGGAUGAAGAAUCGGGGACAAGUGGAAAUCCAUAUAAGAAUAUUGAAAAAGCAUCUGUUCUUCAAGAAGCUCGUACAUUUAAUGAAACACCUGUAAACGCACGAAAAUGUAUUCAAAUAUUAACAAAAAUUAUUUAUAUGAUUAAUCAAAAAAAAAGAAAUAAAUAUUUUUAUUUUAAGGGAGAACAACUAGGUCAAACAGAAGCAACAGAAACAUUUUUUGCUAUGACAAAAUUAUUUCAAUCAAAAGAUGUAAGUUUAUUUAAAAAAGUGAAAGUUAUUUUUCUUGAAGAUUAUUGAAUUUUUUUGUUCCAAAGAUUAUUCUAACGAUAAACGUAAUAGAGAGAAU